AUGGAAUUCAAGCUUUGUGACGACAUGGUGAAGACUGAAAUUCUUUCACGUACAUCUUUAAAGACAUUGGAUGUCAUGCGCUGUAUCAGUAAAGAAUUCGAAAAGCUCACGUAUGAACCCUAUCUUCUUGACCUUUACAAGCAAAGAAACGACAUUGUUUCUGGCUUUCUCAUGCAAAGGUGUGGUCUCGAAUGCUCUGAAUACAUCCACGAGUUUGCACCAUCACGUGGAUCAAAGAGCAUCGAUCUUGGUUUUCUACCACGUAAUGCUCGAAUUCUAGCAUCUUCGGAGCAAGGAAUCAUCGUGUUCCAGAGUCCUUAUACAAGAUUUUCUGGGUCGAUUUCAUACUAUGUUUGUAAACCUGCAACUAAACAGGUUGUACCAUUGCCGAAUCCAAGAACCAGGUAUACAACUGAGAAGAUUGCGAUUGUGGUGGUGGGUUCAAAUCCAGUACUCCAUUACAAGAUUAUCAGGUUAUCUUCUUCCAAUUUCGUGAAAAGGAGGGGUGAAUUUUACAGGACAUAUCGUUGUGAAAUCUUCGACUCAACGACAUGGGUAUGGAAGUUGAUGGAUCUCUUAUUGUUGCCAUCUUCAGUUAGCUUGGAUAUGGCAAGCCCGGUAAUCACCACGAGAGGCUCAAUCUACAUGUUAUUGUUGAACAAUGACAUCUUGAAAUUUGAUUCAUAUUCUGAAAAAUGGACAACUUUUUCAUCGCCGAUUCAAGAUCGGGACUAUGAGUUGUAUACUUCAAGGCAAUUGGUAAAACAUGAUGGGAGAUUGGGGUAUUUUUGUAAGUCUUCAAUUAAUUGUGGUUGUGAAUUUUGGGUUCUCGGGACUGAUGCUGAAUCCUGGGAGAAGAUAUAUGUUUUCAACAAGGAAGAAUCAGAAGAUAUUAAUAAUACAAGGAAUCUGGAGUUAUUUGAUGAUCCAAAUGCAAGUGUUAAGAUAUGGACUGGAGUUUUUUUGUUUUACAAAGAGAAGACAAUCGUUUCCAAACGAUCUGAUGAUCAAAUGUUCGUCUACCGAUCAGAUUUUGAACCAAUUAAUUUGAAGUUGGGCAAACAGGAAUCUAUGCGUUAUAUAGUUAUUGAGACUGAUUUGGUAUUCCUCAGAGGAUAUGUUUCUGUCAUACAUCUUACAUCUGGUUUUAGUGUUGUGCAAUGGUAUGCUAUCUUAUUGAUUUCCAGGUUUCGUGGGACAGAAACGAAUCACCGAUGGAUGAUAUUAGCAAAACCUGAUGUGGUCAAUAGUAUGGGAUCUGAAAUUCUAGGCAUCGAUUUGGCUAAACGGGUUGGGUAUGCCAGAGUAUUACAGAAGAGUCAACUGAGAGAUUGA